GUGGUUGAAAUGGAGCUCACUCGUGACAAGGACUUUGAAAAAUGUGCUCAAUAUUACACUGCCAAAGCUUCUCAAGGCUAUCUGGUGGAUUUACAAAAGAUUUUCUUUAUUAUAAUAUCAAACUGCACUUUAUUUCCCGAUGAGUGAGUCAAUUAUAUAUCUAGCUAUACCAUAAGAGACGAUGAAACUAGUGAGCAUGAUUUACAAGAUUUCCAAUUCGUGUUCAUUGAACUAUCUAAAUUUCCUAAAAGUAAAGUAGACUAAUUAACAAGCAUAGUAGAACGCUGGUGUUUCUUU